AGCUUCGUGGGUUGUCCACAAUGUACAACACACACGCACACACACGCGUGAUGCCGAACAUGGGUUCAUAGUGGGUGACAUGUACUCGUAUUUAUUCCAUUAUUCUGCUUAAACUCUAUUGACGACUUAAACGUGUAACGGGAGGUAGGUUUGUCUCGUGGGUCAAGUUUGAUCGAACUUUAAUACCGAUUUAUUAUCAAUCCAGCAAAAUAAUGGAUCAAGACUCGAUAAUGCUGCACGGGGAUGAGGAGAUCAUCGAAGUGAUCGAGCUGAGCGACGCAGAGCCCGGACCUGAUGAUCUGGCAGACGACCUCGAGGACGUGGACUUCGAGGACGGCGGCGAUGGCGAGGACAACGAGGGCUGGGAGACGGAGGACGAGAUGGAGGCGGAGGAGGUGGAGCAGGACGACAGCGAGCUCACCUUCUCAAAACACACCGGCUCCGUGUUCUGCGUGGGUCUCGACCCGGCGACCAACGCCAUGGCCGUCACCGGGGGUGAAGACGAUAAGGCGUACGUGUGGAGGAUCAGCGAUGGAGAGGUGCUCUUUGAGUGUACCGGACACAAGGACUCUGUGACGUGUGUGUGCUUCAGCUUCGACUCAGCGCUGGUGGCGUCGGGGGACAUGAGCGGAGUCAUCAAGGUGUGGCAGGUGGACACCAAGGAGGAGGUGUGGUCCUUCGAAGUCAGCGACCUGGAGUGGUUGGAGUGGCACCCCUGUGCGCCGGUGCUGCUGGCGGGAACAGACGACGGGAACAUGUGGAUGUGGAAGGUUCCGGGAGGCGAGUGCAAGACCUUCCCUAGCCCCGCUUGCCACGGCAACGGGAAGAUCCUCCCCGACGGUAAGCGAGCGGUGGUGGGCUACGAGGACGGCUCGGUCCGCGUGUGGGACCUGAAGAAGGGGAACUCACUCCACGUCAUCAAAGGUCGCGACGGCCACAAGGGGGCGGUUACGUGCCUGGCGUCCAAUAAGGACGGCUCUCUGGUGGUGACGGGGUCGGUGGACGGCUCUGCCAAGCUGAUCAAUACCGCCACAGGCAAGAUGGUGAGUGUGUUCUCCUCUGACGGGCUCAGGGGCACUGGGUCCACCAGCCAGGAGGAGACCAACUCUGUGGAGUCCGUGGGCUUCUGCAACAUCCUGCCUCUGGUGGGCGUGGCCUAUCUGGACGGAACCCUGGUCAUCUUUGACCUCGCCACCCAGACGGUCCGUAACCGGUGCAGACACGAGGCGGGCAUCGUGCACAUGCAGUGGGAGGAGUCCUCCGCGCUGGUGUCUACGUGCGGUUUGGACGGCGCCCUGCGGCAGUGGGACGGGCGCUCCGGGAACCUGGUGUCGGAGUACCGCGGGCACGCUGCCGAGGUCCUCGCCUUCGCCCUCAACCGGGACUCCUCCAUGGUGGUGACGGCGUCGGGGGACCACCAGGCGAAGGUCUUCUGCCUCCAACGCCCCGACCGAUAAAGUGAGGGGGGAGGGGCCUUUGACUGUAGAUCAUAGGCCCCUCAAACUCAUUCAACACCAGGUGUUACGUCGAUCCGCCAUUCAAAUCCACCCAUCAGUGACGUCAUCAAACAUCAGUCAGAUCGACCCCACUAGUUGGUUCAGUCCACCUGUCCGUCAGACAUCUGGGUGGACACACAUUUGUGAUGUCACUAAUGGGUGGAUUGAAAUGGGUUGAGAUGGAUUAUCAGCGUCCCACCUGGUGGGGGAUCGGGAGGCCUUGCCUUGGGGAGGGGGGGGGGGGGGUGGGGUGGUGGACCAGAUCCAAAGGUCUGUGAGGAACAACCACAACGGACGGCUUUCUGUGGAGAAGAGCUCUUCAUCAUUUCAUUCCCCAACCCCUUCUUCCUCUCCUCUCAUAGUGUUCUUGUGAGCAGUGCAAGCACUACUUGUGAGGGUCUUACAUGUCAUUGGGGUUCAUUUGAAAUUUCCCCAACGCAACAGAAAAAGGGGUUGCUGUGGUAACCGGGUCCUAGCCACACAGCAGCAAACCGCUCAGUAUUUUUUCUAUUGUUUCUCUGUAGCUAGAGAUCAUAUAAAUAACAGGUUUAGCGGUGAAACUGAAGGAGGGAAACCUGCUCUCUUCCUGUCCCCAGUGACUCAGCAUCACUCUGUAACUCUUCAAGAUGUUUUCCCGGCGAGCAUAGCUCUAAAGUGCUCAUUCUUUGCUUAUAUCAUUUUAUUAUUUUCCUCUCACGCUCAAAUAAACAAACCCCGAAACAUUGAGUUCCCGUUCUUUAAUUUGAAGUCCGUUCACGGUUCGAUGUGUUCAAAGAUGAUUCAGCACAAACUGUCCGCUCCCUUCUGACCACCAUACUCUCCCCCCCCCCUUUUAACCUCAGCGCAACUCCAGUGUAAAUAUUGAACUUGGUUCUCGUUGAAAAGCAAUUAAAAUACUUAGAAUACC